AUGCCCUUGACGACCCCAUCCCUCCCUCUGACUGCCUCCGCCGCCGCCGCUGCUGCUGUGUCUUCGUCCAGCCUCAUCUCCUUUGGCGACCGCGACUCUCUAAUCCCAGACAUCGACACCUCGCCUUCGCCUUCGCCCUCGCCCUUGCCCUCACCCUCAUCCGCCGCCGCCUCGGACGCUCCUUCCCUCGCAGCUACCCACGGCAAGAGCAGCCCACCUGCUCCUUCCCCUUCCACCACCACCACCACCACUACCACCACAAGGCCCAGCAGCCACACCCGCCGCUACACCCUGUCCCGCUUCCCUCUCCUGCGCAAAGGAAGCCGCGAGCUCACCAGGUCGCCCUCUGCCCACCUCAAAGCCAGCAGUGUCUCGGCCACCAACCCCACCGACGCUCUCUUCUUCGCGACCGGCGCCCCGCGAGCCUCGUUUUCCAUUGCGCGUUCACGUGAACCCGACACCUCUCCACCACGCGAGCCCGCUGCCGACACCCACGAACCCGACGUCACCACUGAAGAGGCAGACCAGACGGGCCACGCAGGCAGGCCGACAUCAGCCAAACCAGACAAGAUGCACCAGACUAGUUCGCGCUUAUUGCGUAUGACGGAUGAUGAGCGGCCGUAUACGAGAGACUUUAAGGACCUCUUCUCAACCCUCAUGGUCUCACUUCCCCUCACGCCCCACCGCGUCCGGUUUAGGAUGAUCGACUUCACCUUUACUUCGGAUGAAGCCAUCACAAAUCUCGGCUCCCUCAAGUUCUCCCAAUCAAACCGCAUGCCAGAUCCCAAGGACUCAUCACGUGUCGUCACCACAACCACCACCACGACCUUCUCCAUGGCCAAGGAAAUGGCCCGCUCCGUGUGCCAGAAGUUUCUCGAAGCCAAGUUCAUCGAGUCGGUCGAAAGCAAAAUGGACUUUACAAACAAAAGCUCAGUAUGGCAACUCACGCCAAAGGGCAUCCACAUCCUAGAGCGCUUCUGCACACGCAAUGGCAUCCAAUCUGCCCAUGUGAAAGCCGUGAUAGAUUCCAACAGAAACCCCCACCAACUAGUCAUUCUGGAGCGCAACACCGACAACGACAAGCUACACCAUGACGAGCAGACGGUAGAGAUCAUCUUUCGCCGCUUUGUCGGCCUUACUGCAAACGAAACCCAAUCAGAUUCCGACUCGAUACAUGAGUUCUCAAAAUGCGACGUUGGCGUCAAACUCGUCAAGCACCGGCCAUCGGCCACCCGCCAGUACGAAUACACCUUCCACGGACGCAAUGCCGCCCAAUGGCUGAUGGAUUGCUCCACCAUGGUUGACCCACGAGAAGCUGUCGAGGUUGGCUCGCUCUUCUUGCAACUCAAGCUCAUCGCCCCGGUUGAUCCCCGCAACUCAGAACAUACUUUUCAACCAGUAAAGCAGGUACACUACUACAUCACCCCCCACGGCGAGCGCGUUGCAGGUUGGAUGCUCGAUGAGACUAUAAUAGGCGGAGAUAUUGUGGUAAAAACUCGAGAUGGUGUCACCCGCGAUUCGAAUAGCAAUCGUACCAACGUCAUCAUCCGCAAUCCCUCAUGGCGACUUCUGUACCGCGAGUUCCUCAAGGAGACCAUGUGUGAGGAGAACCUGUCAUUCUACCUCGAGGUUCAAGAGUUCAACAGACAGUAUCGCACGGCCAUUGGCGAGAAGGGUGACAACAAAGUGGAGACGAUACGUGAGACGCUAGCCGCUGCUUAUGGUUUAUACAACGCGUUCCUAGCACCCGGCUCCCCUAACGAGCUGAACAUCGACCACGGUCUCCGCACGCAGCUGGCUACUCGCAUGACCCGUGCUGUUGGCGACGAUGCUGCUAUGCUUCAAAGCCUGAAUGAAGUUGCGACCCUCUUCGACAAGGCACAAAACUCAAUCUUCAAGCUCAUGUCAAGUGACUCGGUGCCCAAGUUCAUCAAACAUCCAAAGUACGCCCCGCAACUCCGAGGUCUCGAUGCCGCUGCUGCUUCCGCAUACGCCCUCACAUCGCCCAGCGCCUCACGAUAA